AUCUAAAGCUCUAAUAUAUAAACACACUGAAGUGACACUAGAUGCAGAAGAGUUUUGUGGGUUUGUACUGAAGCUUUAAUGUACACAGGUUGUUUUAUAACUUGAUAGCGUGACUAUUUCCUGUAAGUGAACUCUGUGCUGAUUCAGGGUUUAAUUUAACACACCGAUGUUGGAGUGAAGUAAACGUGUGUCCUGCUGUAAUCUGGAGAAGGAGACAUGACCUCCAACAUGAGUGUGUCUGGAAAACAGGACUUAAAGAAAGACGAGAGAAUGAUGGAGGGAAAGAGAUCAGACUCACCAGAACCCAGCUGUGUGUCCAUGAAGAGUGACGCGUCAAUAGGACAUCCAAUUCACUUCAGAGCCAGAGACAGUUCUACUGAUGUGAGACCACAAAAAUCAAACAUCAGCACAAAUCAGCUGGACUCUAUAUUCAAGGAGCUGGAACACAAAGUCAUCACUCUGAUAAAGAAUGAGCUGAAGAGGUUUAGGAAGCUCCUGAGUCCAGAUUACCCAGCAUGCACUGAGAGGGAGGUGGAGGAUGAGAAGGAUCUGCACAGUGUCAGAGAGGGAGCGCUGAAGAUCACACUGCACGUCCUGAAGAACAUGAACCACACAGAUCUCGCUAACACACUGCACAACAAACUCGCCUCUGUGUAUCAGCCAAUGCUGAAGUCCAAGCUGAGAGAGAAGUUUAAAAGAAUUAAUGAAGGAAUCUCACAGCAUGGAAGCUCAGCACUUCUGAAUGAGAUCUACACUGAGCUCUACAUCACAGAGGGUUGGAGUGGAGACAUCAAUAAUGAACAUGAAGUGAGACAGAUUGAGGCAGCGUCCAGGAGACCAGCAACACAGGAGAAACCCAUCAAAUGUAAUGAGAUCUUUAAAGACAUGUCCAUCAGAACUGUGCUGACUAAAGGAGUUGCUGGAAUUGGAAAAACAGUCUCUGUGCAGAAGUUCAUUCUGGACUGGGCUGAAGGAAAAGUAAAUCAGGACGUCUUCUUCAUGUUUCCACUUCCCUUUAGAGAGCUGAAUCUGAUGAAGCAGCAAAAUCUCAGUGUGAUGAAACUUCUUCAUCACUUUUUCCCAGAAAUAAGAAAACUAGAAUCAAUAGACUGUGACUCCUACAAAGUGGUGUUGAUCUUUGAUGGUCUGGAUGAGUGUCGACUUCCUCUAAAUUUCCAGAAGAAUGAGAUAUUGUGUGAUGUGACAGAGUCAGUCUCAGUGGAUGUGCUGCUGACGAACCUCAUCAAGGGGAAUCUGCUUCCCUCUGCUCUCCUCUGGAUAACCACAAGACCAGGAGCAGCCAAUCAGAUCCCUCCUGAGUGUGUAGACCAGGUAACAGAGGUACGAGGCUUCAGUGAUCCUCAGAAAGAGGAGUACUUCAGGAAGAGGAUCAGUGAUCAGAGACUGACCAAUAAAAUCAUCACUCACCUGAAGUCUUCAAGAAGCCUCUACAUCAUGUGCCACAUCCCAGUCUUCUGCUGGAUCUCAGCCACUGUUCUAGAGAGAAUGUUGGGUGAAGCAGAGAGUGGAGACAUCCCUAAGACUCUGACUCAAAUGUUCACACACUUCCUGAUCUUUCAGAUCAAACACAAGGACCAAAAGUACCAUCAGAAAUGUGACCCUGAUCCUCAGCAGACCAGAGAGAGUAUCAUGGCACUGGGAAAACUGGCUUUCCAGCAGCUGGAGAAAGGAAACCUGAUCUUCUAUGAGGAAGACCUGAGAGAGUGUGGCAUUGAUGUCAGAGAUGUGUCAGUGUACUCAGGAGUGUGUACCCAGAUCUUCAGAGAGGAGUUUGGUCUUCACCUGGGGAAGGUGUUCAGCUUCAUACAUCUGAGUGUUCAGGAGUUUGUGGCUGCUUUAUAUGUAUUUCUGUAUUUUAUCUCAAAAAAGAGAAAUGUGUUAGUGAAGCAAGAUCUUAAAAGUUUCAUCAGGAAGUUAAACAUGUGUGAUCUCCUCAGGAGUUCAGUGGACCAGGCCUUACAGAGUGAGAAUGGACACCUGGACCUGUUCCUCCGCUUCCUUCUGGGUCUCUCACUGGAGAACAAUCAAACUCUUUUACGAGACUUAAUGCCACAGACAGGAAGCAGAUCUCACAGCAAACAGGAAACAGUGAAGUACAUCAAGGAGAAGAUCAGGGAGAAUCCAUCUCCAGAGAAAUCCAUCAAUCUGUUCCACUGUCUGAAUGAACUGAAUGAUCAUUCUCUAGAGCAGGAAGUACAAACUUACUUGAACAGAGGAGGUAACAGACGUCUCAGUAGAACCAGUCUCUCUCCUGCUCAGUGGUCAGCUCUGGCGUUUGUGUUACUGACCUCAGAACAGGAGCUGGAUGUGUUUAAUUUGAGUGAAUAUGAUCGAUCACAUGAAUGUCUUCUGAGGCUGCUGCCAGUGGUCAAAGCCUCUAGAAGAGCUGUUCUGUGUGUGUGUAAUCUGACAGAGGAAAGCUGUAGAGUUCUGUCCUCAGUUCUCAGCUCAAACUCCUCCAGUCUGAGAGAACUGAACCUGAGGGGCAAUAAACUGCAGGAUUCAGGAGUGAAGCUGCUCUCUGAUGGACUGAAGAAUCCACACUGUACACUGGAGAUACUGAGGCUGCGUUGGUGUAAUCUGACAGAGGAAAGCUGUAGAGUUCUGUCCUCAGUUCUCAGCUCAAACUCCUCCAGUCUGAGAGAUCUGGACCUGAGUCACAAUAAACUGCAGGAUUCAGGAGUGAAGCUGCUCUCUGAUGGACUGAAGAAUCCACACUGUACACUGGAGAUACUGAGUCUGUGUUGGUGUAAUCUGACAGAGGAAAGCUGUAGAGUUCUGUCCUCAGUUCUCAGCUCAAACUCCUCCAGUCUGAGAGAACUGGACCUGAGUGACAAUAAACUGCAGGAUUCAGGAGUGAAGCUGCUCUCUGAUGGACUGAAGAAUCCACACUGUACACUGGAGAUACUGAGGAUGUUUAACUGCAGUAUUACAGAUAAAGGUUGUGCUGCUCUGGCUUCAGCUCUGAGGUCAAACUCCUCAUCACACCUGAGAGAACUGAAUCUGUACAAUAAUAAACCAGGAGAAUCAGGAGUGAAGCUGCUCUCUGAUCUACUGAAGGAUCCACACUGUAAACUGGAGACACUACACAUUAAUGAUAAUAAACUCACCAGGUCUGGUGUAUGACAGGAGUCUCUCCUCAGACCUUUUUUCCAGGAUAAAGCAGUUAUGGUGGUGAAGCGUUAGAACACGUCCCACAUUUCCAGCAGUUUGGGAGCUGAAUCAUUCAUAUUCAGAUGUAGAAGAUCCAUAACAAUAACUGUGACUGAUCACAUCCUUUUAUCCUCUCAGCUACAACUUCACACUUUAACAUAUUUUACAACCCAAAGUCAAAUCCUUCAGCAUCUACACACAACACAGAGAUAUCAUCACAUCAUCACACUGAUUACACAAAUACACAUCCAUGUGUUACAGAUGUUUAGAGAUUAUUUUUACCUCUUUAAUUGGAUCUCAAAUUUGUUUCUCCACAGAUGAUUGACUCACAGUUGUGAUCUUGAUUUAUUUCUUUUCCUUUAAAAGUGUCUUCUUUUUAAACCCUUUUCACCAAACACUUUUAAAAUCUUUAUUAAAAUCCCUUUAAACAAAUAUAAACAUCACUCCCUAAUCCAGCUAUUCCUGAACUCCUUUUGUGUAGUUGAUCUAUUUUUCUUUCAAUUUCUUCUUUCUUAAUUUCCUCAUGACAUUUUAUAUCUUGGUUGCAUCUUGUUUUUAUUUAAUUUAACUUUAUGUUCCUGUCUCCACCACACAUAUUGCUUUAUUUAUUGCAAUUAUUUCUCUAAAUUAAAGGGGUGGUAAAACACGAUUUCACUUUUCUAACUUUAGCUAGUCUGUAAUGUUCCUGUUUGAGCAUAAACAACAUCUGCAAAGUUACAACGUUCAAAGUUUUAAGCAAAGGGAGAUAUUUGCUUUUAAAGAAAUCCAUUUCUAAGGACUACAGCAAACGGCCGGUAUGGACUACACGACAUUCCUCCAGGGUUGCUGACGUCACUAAGCCCAAUAUUUACAUAAACCCCUCCUCCGUGAAUAUUAAAUAAGACUACUGGUAAAGGUAAGGGGUGUGACGUUUCCGAAAAACGUGUACUAGGCGGUUAGCGAAUCACAACACACUGGGCCAGCUAACCAAACUAAGCCCAUUGCUAUUUUUGAGGGACUGGCUUCAUAGAACCCGGAAACCAUCAGACCGUUUUACAAGGAGGGACAGAGCAAUUUUUUAAAAAACGAAGCAUGAACACAUGUUACAGUGCACCCCACAAACACAAUCAAGCCUUCGAAAAAACGUGUUUUACCACCCCUUUAAAAAAAUACUUUUACUUUGAUCCUCCGAUAUUUUGUUAUUUCUGGUUUCUUUCUUUCUUUCUUUCUUUCUUUCUUUCUUUCUCUUUCUCCCAUUCUACAAUAUUUAAUUAAAAAUGCUAAAUUAUAAAUCUAACAUUAUCUUCCUCAUUCAUUUCAUUUCCUUUUUCUUUUUCUAUAAUUUCUCUAAUCUUAAAAUCAUAGUGUUUUUUCUGUAAACUUUCUGUAUUUAGAAUCCAUACACUUUGUCCCCUUUCUACAUUAUUCCAGUCUUAAAAAAUAAAAACUCAUGAUACUCAAACUUGUUUCCUUAUAUCUGAUUUUGUCUGUAAAGUUUUCUACAUUUCUUGUACAUAAAAUAAAGUCAAUCGUUGUCCUGUAAGUUUUUCA